AUGGUCAAAACUCAGAAGGGUCAUGUGCCGUCCAGGUGCGGCCACGUCGUAACCAGCGCAAGUGGCAUGGCUUCUGUUAGUACAAUAGGUGGGUGCCAGACUAGCAAGCGGCUGGAGAUCACCCACAUGUCAAAACCUUGUUUUAAUCAAGGAAAUCUCUCGGGCAGAACUCUUGGCCAGUUUCUUCCCAUUAGAAGCCAGGAGUUGCAGGAUUUCGUCAAGCUUUUGCUUGAAAAGUCUCAUGCGGGAGAAAGAGUUAACGUUACAGAAGAGUCGUUGAAGUUGACGAAUAAUGUGAUAUCGCAAAUGAUGUUUAGCAUCAAAUGUUCGAGGACGGAUGGCCAAGCCGAGGAGGCGAGGACACUUGUUCGGGAAGUGAUGGAGAUUUUCGGAGAGUUUAAUAUUUCUGAUAUAAUUUGGUUCUUUAAGAAUGUGGAUCUGCAGGGAUUUAGAAGGAGGUUUAUGGAUAUUCAUAAGAGAUAUUAUUCGUUGCUUGAGAAGAUUAUAUGGAACCGCGAAAUGGUGAGGAAGGAGAAGAAGAAAAAUGGAAGGAGAAUAAAUGGAGAUGUUGAUGAUGAUGAAGAGGUUAGAGAUUUUCUUGACAUUUUGCUUCAUGCUUUGGAAAAUGAGAAGUCGGAGAUACAGUUGACAGGAGAUCAUAUCAAGGCCAUAAUUUUGGAUUUUCUUACCGCUGCAACAAACACAACUGCAAUGGCAGCCGAAUGGGCAUUGGCAGAGCUCAUCAACAAUCCAAACAUUCUCGAAAAGGCUCAGGAAGAAAUUGACCAAGUUGUCGGAAAAGCGAGGCUAGUCAAGCAAUCCGACCUUCCGAAUCUGCCAUAUCUCCAAGCCAUUAUAAAAGAAAACUUCAGGCUCCACCCUCCAAUUCCAAUGCUCGCCAGGAAAUCCAUCGCAGAUUGCCAAAUCGGCAAUUACACAAUUCCUGACGGCUCUCUAUUGUUCGUUAACAUCUGGUCGAUCGGAAGAGACCCCAAAGUUUGGAGUAAUCCAAUGAAGUUCAAUCCUGAGAGAUUCCUGAAACCAAACGAGAGCGAUGGCCCUGGAAUUAACAUUGAUGUUAAAGGGUUCAACUAUCAGUUGUUGCCAUUCGGAACUGGAAGAAGAGGGUGCCCUGGAAUCAAUUUGGCCAUGCAGGAGUUGCCAACGACUCUGGAGGCGAUGAUCCAGUGCUUCAACUGGAAGGUUGUGAAUCCUGAAGGAGUGGAAAUGAAGGGUAAUGAUUUGGUUGAUAUGUCUGAACGACCAGGAUUGACCGCUCCUAGAGCUCAUGAUCUUGUUUGUGUACCGGUGGCACGGUGUUCUCCGGUGUCAUAG